CAGGCUCUUUACUUAGACGCACAGAGCACUAGGAAGAUCUGCAUCUACAGAAGUAGAACAGAAACUGGGAAAUCUAUUUAACAGAAAAAAUAAACAUACAACUGAAAAUCGAACAUGGAUUUUCUAAAUCACAAUUAUUUGAAUGCUGGAAACUCUUAUGACUACACCUUCAAUUUUUGGAAUGACUAUCUGGGACUUUCGACUUUGGUGACCAAGAAUUCUAUCAACAAAAACAGCAUGCCCCAAAGUCCGAAUUCCAUCACGGAGUCGCUGAAGGCAACCCUUGGCUUGGACGAUUCUACGGCUUGCCCAUGUGUUGUCGGAGGGAGCGGUGAACGUGGGCACUUAGACUGCCUUUGCCCCUCUUCAAGCCCUCCUCCAACCUCCAUCCUCGACCUCGAGGAGCGCUUUUCCAUCUUCAGUCCAUUCCAGAACCAAAGCGAUGUCCUCCCGCAAGACAGAGACUCUGGCUUUGGGGGCACCUUCGCCGGCUUCGACCUCUUUGGAAUAGAGAGAAAGGUGAGAAAGACGGCGCCGAGGAAUAAGCAGGAACCCAAGAUCUGUGUCUUCUGUAGGAAUAACGGGGCACCGGAGGAGGUGUACGGAUCGCAUGUGCUGAAGACGCCAGACGGCAGGGUAGUCUGUCCGAUACUUCGGGCUUACACGUGCCCCCUAUGCAGUGCCAACGGGGAUAAUGCCCAUACUAUUAAGUACUGUCCACUUUCCAAAGAUCAGCCUCCGCAACGGCCACUCAAAGGAGGUAGGGCAGUUGGGGGCAAGAGACUGAAAAUAUUCUAAAAAUAAUUAAAAUAAAAUAUAUAUAUAUA